AUGUCCUUGACAAAGUCAAGCAAUGAAGGCUACCAAAUAAUAAAAAAAGGAAAUAAACAAAAUCGGAGCGAAAUAAAACCCAUUGCUAUUGAAGAAGAUGACUAUAUUGAAGGGUUGAACUCUAUAAUUCAGAAAACCUAUUUUCCAGACCUUCCUCGCAUGAAAGCUGAUGUAGAAGGUUCUGGAUAUGGGUUUGAAAAUGAUGUUAAUCAAGACAGAAACGAUGCAGUUCAUAAACAGGUGGCAUUGCUCCCAAAAAAUGAUCAUCUUGUGCAGAAGCUAAAGCAUAAUUCUCAAGACUUAACACUUGCUGAUUACCAGACAAAGUUCACUUCUGAAGACAAUGCCUCCUUUUCUGAAUUGUUUAAUAAUGAGAAAGAUACCAGAAAUGAUUUGCUCCAAAAGCACUAUGGUAUGAAACUUGACGAAAAAUUAAUCGGUGCAGCUUCCUCGUCUACGACAAAAUUACAGCCAAGAAAUGCAAUUGCAUGGAAGGAAAGACCAAAUGCCAUUCAUAGUUGGGAUUCCAAGCAGAGGAAUUCGUUGACGUUUUAUCCUCAAACCUCAGAACAUUCUGCUGUAACUAAAGCAAGAAGUCAGCAUCAAAAAAUUAUUAGUUCUUCCACCCGGCUUGAUGACGAGUUUCUUAAAAAAGCCAACCAACCUAGCCUGGAACCUUUGCCAGAGCCGGCUAUAAACAGACGUGAAGCCUCAAUCAACGGAUACCCAUUAAUUGGUUCAAAUUAUGGAGGUGCGUCUGGAAAGUCAUCUACGAAUUUCUAUAUUCCUGAAACUUCCCGCAGAGAAAAAUUGCAUGACAACCAACUACAGAAUCUAAAGUCUCAAAGCAAUAUGCCUUCGACUUCUUUCUACUCCGGUGAACACACAUCUGCAACUUCAACUAAGCUUCCGUCUAGAUUGUCUACUUUGACACCAGCAGCUAGACGUUUGGUAGCGCAGUCAUAUCUAACAACUCCCAAUAGGGAAUCUCCACUGCGGCGUCGUCUAACGACUGCUUCAAUUCCAAAGUUUUCUUGGACACCUACUCCUCGUACCAAAAAUCCUGCUACGAUUAAACGAGUUUAA